AUGUAUUUCGUCUUUCCAGAAAAUUGUCGGGAUUUGGUUUUCAGUACUACCAGACUGUUCGACGGGAAACGUUUGAUUAACUAUGUGAUAAGCGCCGCUGAAGUCAAAGACAAACAAUUCUGUGCAGCAUUAUGCUUUAUGGAGAACGAAUGUUUCAGUUAUAAUACAAAGACAAGGAUUAUCAAUGGAAAAUUGAAAUGUGAACUAAAUAAUGCUACUCACGAAGGACACGAGAACGAUCUUUUGGAUGACCCGGACUAUUUCUACUGCGCAGCUGAGGUAUAACAUAAUAGAAUUCAAUAAUACUUAUACCACUCGCUGAAACUUGUUAGAAGGCUCAUCAUUCAAAUAUCUAUAGGUCAGUUCAAAAGUUUAACAAAAUCUGUUUUAAGCAUGCACCUGUUUGUUUAGUAGAGGCAAUUUUACAACAGCAGUAACAGACGAGCCUGGAGUGAGGAAGUGAGUCAGUAAUUAACUGGGUUACCCCCUGAAUAAAGAUUCGUUCUACCGUAGUAUAAAACAGAAGGAACUGUUUUUUGCUCUGCAGAAAUGUUGGAAAUGAGUCCUUUUUUUUAAUUCAUUUUUGAAUACUGCUUUUGUAUUGGCUAGAAUGCUUGUGCCAGUAACCCUUGCAGUAAUAAAGCUACCUGUCAAACUGGUUUCACGAACUUUGGAUAUCGUUGCUUGUGUCCAAGAGGAUUUACGGGUCAGACUUGUGAAAAUGGUAAGAAACGUUUUUUUUAAAGUUUGAAUCACCAGUAAAUUUUGAUAAUGCAACGAGUUUAUUUUGUAACUGGAUCCGAAUGUCUAAAGUAAGAAUAGUCGGUUUCACUCUGGCCUACGAAAUGAGGCAACAAUGCAUGGCUACACCCAGAAAAAGUUAUGAAUUUCCUCUCUUUUCAGAAAUUGAUGAGUGUUUUUCGGGAACACACAGUUGCGACGCUAAUGCAGAGUGUAUAAACACGGCUGGUUCGUACAACUGUACCUGUAGACCUGGAUAUCAUGGAAACGGAAGCAGCUGUGAAGGUGGGUAUCUCUCUAAA